AUGGACGAACGCGACAUUCGCCAGCUCGCCACGAACCUUGGAAUGGAGUCGGACAAGGUCGCAUACCCCAAGCUCAUACACCAAGCGGACGGCAGCACGAACAACCCUACCACAUUUACCACGGGCCAUAACCAGGAUGACGCCAUCCGCCUUCUCCGAGACGAUCUGGCCAAGGCUUUUACCGACUUCACCAGCCAGGUACAGCGACAGCAGGCCAUGAUUGAGACGCUGUCUGAAGUGGCCCGCGAGCCAUGUUCCGGGUACAACAGGAAGUGCUUUCGUAAUCUCGAGAAGGGUUUCCGUCAUCUCAGUGACGAUGACCUACCCAACCUUAAGGCCGAGCUACGAAGCAAGCCGACUAUUGCCGCAGAUACCAAGCCUAGCAAGGCACCCAAGAGGCGCAUCGCCGCCAGCACCGUCCACAUCGAAACCCUAACCCAGGAUGCGCCGCUCGCGCACAAGCGCAAUUGGAAACGUCCCACUGUCGUGCCGAAGCAGCGCCGCGCCGAACAGCCGCUCUUCUUGAAGGUCAAGCUCGAGAUGAAGAGUUUAGCGACCUGGACAGAUAUCUCCUUCAAAUUCUGUGAUGCCAAAGGAUCCGACUUCCCGGGCAACUACCAGAUCAAGUUUGACGGGCUUCCCGACCGCAACCUCGUCGACGCCAAGCAGGAAGUUAUUAGCCAGUGGGAUAUCACCGAGCUCCGACGUGUUGAACGCGCGAACGUGGAUUUAGUGGUAUACUGCACUCGCAAGGAGUUGCCGUCCUCUCUGGCCCCUGAAGCAGCCGACGCGCCUCGCCUCGCGGGUCAGCAGGGGAACAAGAUGGACCAUGAGUCCGCUGACAACUCCAGUCUCACGCACAUCUGGCUUUGUAUCGAUGGCUGGAAGGGAAUUCAGAUGGCCUACUUGGCGUACCAGCAGCAGGGCCCUGUUGUGGGUGACAUACACGUGUGUGUUAGCGGCAACUGUGGCGAGCCGGGGACACCCCCGGGGCCGAAGCGUUGGCGGUGCAGCAUGCUGAUCAUCCCGAGCAUGCUCCGUGUCACUGGCCACCUCGAAAGGAUGAGUCCUGGCAAAAGUUGUCCCGUAGAACGAAUCGCAGGCAGAAUUGGCGAUGCGAGAGGCGGUAAGGCUAAGGCGAAGGACGGAGACUUGUUUGAGUUUGAGAUGCCGAUCCUGGACAAAGCCCGCAUCGCUCUCCUAUUCGUCGCGGGAGCAGCCGCAUACUUUGGCGUUGACGGCCUCCCGCUUCUUCGCUGCAGGGUGCCCACAACACCAUCACCACUCUCCUAUCAACACGCGAUGCAAAGCUUGUCCAACGACGACUCGAAACGCCCGGGACCGGCUUCGUCUACAAACGGUCCAUGCUCCUAUUACCUGAGGACUGGAACCUGUGGCUAUGGCCCAAGGUGCAGAUUCUCUCAUGAUACAGGCAACAAGCCCGACCGUGGAGAACAAGGUCAGUGGCGAAUUAGCAAUCCGUCACCCGACGACUCACCAGCGAAUGCCGGACGAAUUGGUGGCCGGACCGCUAAUGCCCCGAGCCGAGCCCGUAACCCGGAGCGUGAGCGGCUGUUCCGGUGGAAACGACUUCGACCUCAGCCGAGACAGGUGUCGCUUCUCUGGGACGAUACUACGUCGAACUUCUUCCGCACUGCUAUCAGUCUGGUGGAACAAGAUGUGAGCCUGGCGCAAGAGGUCGUCAAGGAGAUGGCCGCUGAUGGUCGGCUGCCGCUCGUCAGAGAUGUCAUUGAGGGAGCCGCUUCAGCUAGAACGCCCGAAGCCAAAGCUCUUCUCUGGGAAUCGCGUAUUUCGCCCCUGUUCCGAGUCUUGCUCCACCCGACUGUCGUAGACUCGGUGGUUCUCGAACAGGAAACGGCUGUGCUCUAUCGAUUGCUCCUGGGAGUUGACGCCACACGCCUGAAAACCCUCUUCAACUUUGUCUUCGAUGUCGUUGAUCACUGGUACGAGUUGCCUUUCAAAGACACAGCUGUUUCUGCCAUGGAAGCACUUGCUCUAUCCUGCGGCGUCUUAGCCAAGGUUAUCAACACCAGCACCUCGAAUAUUGUCAAUGCCCUCUUUCACCCCAUUGUCGAAGGAAUCAAGCUGCGAUUAGAUGUUUUCGGCAACAAAGAUAGCGACUUCCAUACCCUGCAAGCAACAAGGCAUCUCGACUAUGUUUACCGUCGCCUGGGUAUCGGCCAAACUCUGGUCGACGCUGUCCAUAGCUCGGCUUCUUCUGGUGCCGUGGCCGAAUUCACUCUCAGCCAGGAUUUGCCUGGAAAACUUUCUAAACGCCGCGAGCGCCACGACAAUGACCACCAGGAUAUUUCGGAUAUCAAGCUCAUGCCUACCCACCAAGAAAUCAUGUCUUCUCGAGAUGAAUACUUGCCGGUUGCCAACCCCGCACAGCACCACUUGCAAGGCCUGCGAGGUUUGCUAGAUCGGCAUUUCCGCCUGUUGCGCGAGGACACACUCCAUGAUUUACGAAGCGCCAUUCGCACAACCGUGGAGUCAAAUGUCAAGGUGCGAGAUAUUCGGACACGACUUGUUGCCUACGACAACGCCUUUGCUGUUCACAUGACCUUCGACAGAUGGUCAGGUCUUGAGUUCAUUAUCCAGAUUGACCAACCCCGACCCACAAGAGGUUUAGACAAAUUGCAACGCGGCACUUGGUGGGCAGGAAAGAGACUCAUGGAUGGAGCUCUUGUUUGUAUUGUUGAUGAAGUGGGUGGUAUUUUCUUCUUCCAGGUCUCAAAGUCGACCAUCAGAACUCCCAAAGAUGAGAACCAGCAGGGUCAAGGAGACAAGCAAGAGGAGGACAAGAACGAUGCACCGCGCUACAGUCUGCUAGACGAUGAAAACCACGCAUACGUACAUCUACAUCUCGUCGACACAGGAAUCGACGAAAUCAAAAGAUCUCUCAGGUGGUUCAAGACUAUGCAGAUCGUCCGCCAGCAUCGUCGUCUUCUCGAAUUUCCGUCUAUCCUACUGGCUUCUUUCACCCCUACGUUGAAGGCAUUGCAAAACAUGUCAAAGACCCUGGAUCUCCCUUUUCAAGACCUCCUAACGCUUCGUGCUGGGAGUGGAACAGCGGAUAAUCCUCCCCCACUCUACUCCAGGCGACCUGAUUUCUCUUUCAAUCUGAGCUGCCUGUCGACUGAUGGCAGGAAACUUUCAUACACCCCCGGCGAUGCGAUCAAUCCAUCGCGUCUAAGCAGGCACUCCAGUCUUGAUAAGACCCAAUCCGAGGCCAUUCUCAAUUCACUCAGAAGAUCCUUUGCCCUGAUUCAAGGUCCCCCGGGUACAGGGAAGAGCUAUACCGGAGAAGCGCUCAUCAAAGUCUUGCUUGCCAACAAAUCGAAGGCAAAGCUGGGGCCCAUCAUGUGCGUUUGCUACACCAACCAUGCUUUGGACCAGUUGUUGGAGCAUCUUCUGGAUGGUGGUGUCCAGAAUAUUAUUCGUAUUGGCUCCCGAUCAAAGUCCGACAGGUUGGCUCCUGUAAAUUUGAGAGCGGUGGCUCGAGACAUGACCCGCACGGCUGCCGAAAGUCGGGCUCUUUACAAAUCUGUCGAGACUGUGGACGGUGACACAGAACAGAUUCGCGAUACGCUUUCGGAUUUCAUCUUCAGCAGAGACAACGAAAAGAUUCGUCUUCACCUUGCCGAACACUAUCCUGCCCAACACGAAGAGCUGAUGGGGCCAACCUUGCCGAACUUUGAUGAUGAAGAAGAGGGAUGGCAGACUGUAUCCUACUCGCGCGGCAAUGUAUUCAAGAAGUGGCUCGCUGGCGGCGCGCCCACCAAUACGACGCGCCCACUUCGGCGCUUGCGCCAAUUGAAGCUAGCCGACCUCUACCAUCAGGAACGUAUCCUGCUCUACCAAGAAUGGCUUGAUGAAGUGUUGAGAGGAGAAAUUGAUUCGCUGUCGAACAUGCACAAGGUUUACCAGGAACACAAAGAGAACAACAACAAAAUCAGGAGCUCCAUAGAUCUGCGUUGUCUUCAAGAAGCGAACAUCAUUGGUGUUACAACCACCGGCCUCGCCACCAAUCUUGACCUUCUUCGACGGGUGCACGGCAAGGUUCUUGUGUGCGAGGAAGCGGGCGAAGUUCUGGAAGCCCAUCUUUUGACCGCGCUCCUGCCGACUAUUGAGCACGCCAUUCUGAUCGGGGACCAUCUUCAGCUACGCCCUCAGAUACAAGACUGGAGACUCCAACGGGCAAACCCGGCUGGCGUCAAAUACUCCCUAGAUAUAUCGCUCUUCGAGAGACUUGUCCAACCACCUCCAAACGUACCGAGCAUCCCGUUCAGUGUCCUCGAUACGCAACGUCGGAUGCACCCAUCGAUAGCGGAACUAGUACGAUCAACAUUGUACCCAUCUUUGUCAGACUCUGAAAACGUGCAAGACUACCCCGAGAUCCCAGGCUUGGCUCGGAGGCUGUUCUGGCUUCACCACGAAAGCCCAGAAUCGGGGGGAAAGUCUGAUCAGGACUCUGUUGAAACGUCAUACUCCAACAAUUUCGAGAUUGAGCUUGUCUCGGCGCUUGUAUCCCAUCUGUUAAGGCAGGGUGUAUACAAAUCUGGGGAAAUUGCCGUCUUGACACCUUAUCUAGGACAACUGAACAAGCUACGACAGAAGCUCAGCUCCGUCAUGCAGAUCGUCAUCAACGACCGGGAUAUGAAUGAUCUUGCUGAGAUGGAACCUGCUUCUGCUGCCCAAGGCAGCUUCACGAACGUGCGACAAGCCGCGAAAACAAAUGCUCUGAGCGGUGUUCGAGCCGCAACGGUCGACAAUUUUCAAGGCGAGGAGGCCAACGUUGUCAUUAUCUCACUUGUCCGCAGCAACAACGACAACAGGUGUGGAUUCCUCAGUACUUCCAAUCGCAUCAAUGUUCUGCUGUCUCGGGCUAAGCACGGCAUGUACAUCAUUGGCAAUUCACAUACCUCGAGCCAUGUCCCGAUGUGGGCGCAAGUCACGGAAAUCCUUCAGAACGGUGGCAACUUCGGCAACAGGUUGGAACUACAAUGCCCGCGACACCUUCAGAACAAGAGCUUUGUGUCACAGCCCGAAGACUUCCUUCGAUUUUCUCCGGAUGGUGGGUGCAAACUCCGGUGUGACCGUCGGCUCGCAUGCGGCCACGCCUGUACUGGCCCUUGCCACUCCGACCACCUCCACAACGCCAUCAAAUGUCUCGAGGACUGUGCCAGGCCGAAGGUGGAUUGCGACCACCCAUGCCGCCGACGCUGCGGAGAGCCUUGCGACAAGCUUUGCACAGAGGUGUUGCGCGGCGUUGACCUGAAGCUUCCUUGCGGUCACACUCUUGACACGGUCGCUUGCUGGAAAGCUCAAGACCCGUCUGUAAUCCAGUGUGUCGUGCAAGUCGACAAAGUGGUGCCGGGAUGCGCUCACGCUGUGAAGGUGUCCUGCCAUGUAGACGUUACCAGGAACAGCUAUCUUUGCAAGAGCGAGUGUGGCUUUCGGCGGCCUUGCGGCCACGCAUUGCGGCAAGAAAUGCCACGAACCUUGCGCGCCGUGCGCAGAGGAGGCGUGUCCAUCCUCGUGCCCACACUCAAAGUGCACUAUGCCUUGCGCCGCUCCUUGCGAUUGGAUUCCCUGCACCAAGCGGUGUACCGAGGUAUUGAAGUGCGGACAUCAAUGGUGGUCGAUCUCAUCCUCAUGGAUGACUACGGUUCAGUGGACCUGGACGAGGAGCCCUGCAUCUUCCCAGACUGCGGCCACUUCUACACUUACACGACCAUGGACGGACAGAUGGGUCUCCGGGAUCUUUACGAUGUCUCGCCUGAAGGAGUGCCGACGGCCGUCAAAUCGGGGUCCCACCCAUUCUCGGUGACUAACAUCAAAGUGUGCCCCGACUGCCGAGGGUCUCUAAGAAACAUAUCCAGAUAUGGAAGAAUCGUUCGACGUGGUCUUCUUGAUGAGUCGACGAGGAAGUUCAUCAGCUGGGCCCACAGCGUCAAGCAGAAGUUGACAGACGCGUUUUUCGCUGCACAAGACAACCUGCAGAAGAUGGAGAAGAAUAAAUUCAGCUUUCCUACCACGCAAUUGGGGUUUCCCAUGUCCCAGUCGGCAUUUGCUCUCAGAGGAUCUCGGCAGGAACAAAUGACCCAUCUCUUCAAGCUCACGGGAAAUACCAGGCACGCGGUACUCAAGACGCUCCGAAAUCAGAUCGCCAAUUUUCUUGGGUCAGUAAGGAAAGAGGAGCAGCCGUAUCAGCACGUGGCACACUUGGUCUGGCACGUAAACAAGCGGCGGCAAACCAGCGACUACUCAUUUGACGAGUCGGCAAUCCAAAUGGGUGGAAUCCUGGACGCCAUGUCGCUCUCGCUACGGUGUGAUCUUCUCCUGGUCUCUGACUAUAUCAGUCUAUGCCGCAACAUGACCGACAACGACAGCGACGGUGCCAAGUCCGCCAGCAUUGAUCCCAUGCCAUACAUCAAGUACUGCAAGCAACUGAUUGAGACUGCACGAAUGAGAAAUUAUUCCCGGCUGGAAGUUGAAGGCCACAUCUGCCUCGCCAUGUUUUGUUACUUUGCACCGCCUGACGAUGCUAAGCCGACGACUGACGCACCAGAGGCACCUAAAGCAGAAAACUCAUCCACGAAAGAAAGUAUGAUCAAGCUCGGCGAGGACCACCUUUUGAAAGCUGAGAAGAUCAUCAAAGCAAAUCCGUCCGCAGCCACGAUGGCCUCCGAAGUCGAGACCGCGAGGCGCAUGCUCCGCGACGGAGUCUUCUACAGCGAAGUUUCCACUGACGAAAUGCGAGCCGUCUACGCAGCCAUGAGCAAGGAGUUCUUGGGAACAGGGCACUGGUACACAUGCCGCAACGGACACCCCUUCACCAUUGGAGAGUGUGGUAUGGCGAUGCAGCAGACGGUGUGCCCGGAGUGCAACGCUCCGGUCGGCGGCCGGAAUCACUCUUCGGCGGAAGGCGUGAGGCAUGCGGUGGAGAUUGACGCACUUGCGCGCGGCAUCGGAAGAAUGGGAUUCUGA